AUGGUGAAAAUACACAUACAAUUUCAGGAAUGGGAAUCGUUUGCCGUCGAUACUUGUGGAAGGGGUGGUAGCGACUUGACUAUGACUACCAUUGGCAGUGAUUCAGGAUCAAGAGAAAUCCAGGUUUGGAAGGAUGUAAACGGUGUGUUGACGUGUGAUCCCAGUGUUUGUGCAAAUGCGAUACCAUUGCCCUACUUGACUUUUGAUGAGGCAGCUGAACUUGGGUUAUUUGGUGGACAGUCAAUGCAACUAGCUAUGGAAGGUGGCAUACCAGUUAUAGUUAAAAACUUGUGCAACCCUCAAGCACCUGGCACUAUGAUUACAAAAAAAAGAGAUAUGAGCAAGAGUGUAUUAACAAGCAUUGUAUCCAGAUCAAAUAUUACCGUGCUGAACAUAGAGAGCACAAGGAUGCUAGACCAUUCUGUUUUCUUAGCAACGGUACUAUAGCAACAGGCUUGUCUUUUUUGUUUAGAGUAAAGUCCAUUUUUCAUCCCUCAACUUAUUUGGAAUUGUGGUUUU